AUGGGCAUUGCACUGUGUGUGAUCGCCGUAUGUGCUGCAGACAAAGGGCUCGUUGACUGUCGUGCGCGAGGAGACGUUCUCUUUCGCAAUCCUGUCGCUAUCCACUCUUUUGCCUCUUGGCGACUUCUGGCUCAGUCCAUCUUUGAGUUGUGGGUCUACAAGGUUUCAGCACCCCUUUCAUGCUGUACUCGUAAUUAUAUCGAUUGCAUCUCGUAUCUUGACAACAAGGAGUACUUUCCUUCGGAUUUGCACUUUGCAUCAGCUCUCGCUUGCCGCAUUUCUUUCGCUGGGGUUCACAAAAAAAUUACGACGAUGCCGAGCCUCAUAGACCCACCCUACCAUGCUCUCCUGCUGGAGGGUGUCAACCCAAUAGCGAAGGAGCUGCUAGAGUCCAAGGGGUGCAUUGUGGAAUAUAUACCCAACGCUCUGCCGCGUGACACUCUGUUGGAGAAGAUAAGGGAUGUUCAUUUUCUCGGCAUUCGCAGCAAGACGCAGGUGACUCAGGCGAUACUCGACGCAGCUCCGAAGCUUCUUGGGAUCGGCUGUUUCUGCAUCGGAACAAAUCAAGUUGACUUGGACUACGCAACCACGCGAGGCGUGGCGGUGUUUAACUCCCCGUUCGCAAACACCCGCAGCGUUGCAGAGCUUGUGAUCGGGGAAAUUAUCUCGUUGUCGCGGAAGAUGACGCAGCGCAGUGAGGAGGUGCAUCGUGGUGUGUGGAACAAGACACAUGUGGGCUGCUACGAAGUGCGGGGUAAAACUGUCGGUAUUGUUGGGUACGGUCACAUCGGCUCCCAAGUUGGUGUACUUGCUGAAGCUCUCGGUAUGAACGUAGUCUUUUACGAUGUGCUCCCGACUCUCGCGAUAGGCAACGCCACGAAGUUCACCCAUAUAAACGAUCUGCUCACUUUUUCGGAUUUCGUCACGAUUCAUGUGCCGGAGACGGAUGUCACGAAGGGCAUGAUCGGCGAAGAGCAGAUCCGGCUGAUGAAGAAGGGCUCCUACCUAAUCAACGCUAGUCGAGGAACGGUUGUCGAUCUUGAGGCUUUAGCAAAGGCGUUGCGCGAAGGACACCUCGCCGGUGCUGCUAUCGACGUGUACCCGGAGGAGCCUGGGUCGAACAAGGAGCUGCACAGAACACCACUUCAAGGUAUUUCAAAUGUGAUUUUGACGCCACACGUGGGUGGGUCGACAUGCGAGGCUCAGGAGGCCAUUGGCGUGGAGGUUGGCACGGCGCUUGCUAAGUUUGUGACCAGCGGCAUUACCGCCGGCGCCGUGAAUUUCCCGGAGCUUGUUCGGCCACCGGUGGACAGGUCGAAGUUCCGGCUAACCAACGUUCAUGCGAAUGUGCCUGGUGCGCUGAACGAAAUCAACAAGGUUGCCGUGGAUUUGGGCUGCAACAUGGGUAUGCAGUUUCUGUCAACUAGCAAAGCGAUCGGCUACCUCAUCAUGGAUGUUGACAAGGACGUUGCUGUGGAGCUUCGGAAGCGUAUUUCAGCGCUCAAGUACAGCAUUCGUACUCUGAUCAUUCGUUAG